AUGACUGAAGAGUUAAAAUUUAAAGUCGUUUUCGUUGGUGAUUCAACAGUAGGUAAGACAUCCAUCAUUCAUAAAUAUCUCAAGCUUGAUGGCGAGAUCCCAUCAACAGUUGGAGCGACAUCCACAAGAGUCGACACAAUCGUUAACGAAAAGCAACUCCACCUCAGUGUUUGGGAUACAGCUGGCCAGGAAACAUUUCGUAACCUUGUUCCAGUCUAUGCAAAGGGCGCAAAUGCUGCUGUAAUUGUUUUUGAUCAAUCCAACAAGCAAACAUACGAGCACGUCUCUGGUUGGUAUUCAUAUUUACAGCAGCAUGUUGGAGACAUAAUUAUUAUCGUUGUCCAAAAUAAGUGCGACCUUAAUUGCGAUAUCGACCAAGCAGAAGUUUUCCAAUGGGCAGAAGAGCAUCACGUACAGGUCAUUUCAACAUCAGCUAAGGAUGGAACUGGCAUUUCCUCCCUAUUUGAAAUUCUUUCAAAGGCUCUUUAUGAUACAGUUUUCAAUCAUGACGAAGAUGUUGUUAUUUCCGAGCAACCACCUGCUGUAAAUCUUGAAGCGGAUAAGAAGCCUUCUCAUGAAAAGAAGGGCUGCUGCUAA